GUCUUAAAAUAUAUAUAAUAUCAACACAUUUGGAACAAACAGGUGGUGUUAAUACUUGAAUUCAUCUGACAGGGAUGUGGGGGUACGUCAGGCAAACAAGGUUGGGGGCCACUGGUGGCCUCACUUACAGAAAAAAACGUCAUCUUUGCUGUUGGAUUCAGCAAUAGGGUUUAAAAAACCCACACCUGAUUUUGUUAACAUCUGCCUUCCCCCCUAGUUGCACCGCCAGUGCGCCUCCUCCUCCCAACCCACCAAUGGGGAGCACCUAUAAUAAAAUGAUUAACCUCCAUUGCAGCACUUCAUUCUCUCGCACCGGCAGUAGGCGGUAUACUGUAGCAAAAGAGACCGAAAAAAUGUGGAGUGACUCCAGUCUCCUCCGAGGCUGGCGGACAAGACCGAGGAAGCAGCCCGUGUGAUGCUGCUGCAACACCUCUGGAGGCGAUGCAGGAGACGCGGUGCAGCAGGCAGUAAAGAAGGGAGGCGGUGUAGCCAGACAGACUACUACAACACCGCCUGAUGGGGAUCCGCUGAUUGAGAAAGAGAGAGAGAGAGAGAGAAAGAGAGAGAGAGAGAGAAACAGCCCAUGGUGGAGAGGCUAAAGAGAAGAAGGAGGGGAGACAACCGACACGAACGGGGAUUAGGUGAUUGAACCCAGUUUCUACACCGCCGACGGAGACCCCCAGCCUCCAGUCGCUGCUGCUUGGGGGGGAAAAAAGCCAAAAAAAAAUAAACCCUGGUGGUGAGGUGAUGGAUCUGCAUUCAGCUCUAAACAACAAAGUGAGCAGGAUUUCAGCCAUGGCACGGCUCGUCCUCUCCCUCCUGUUCCUGUGUGGAUGCCAAAAUAGUCUCUGUCAGUCCACCUCAGAGGCUCAGAAGGAGGCAGCCGCCAACGACAACAGCACCGUUUUCACCAGGAUCCUGGACGGGCUGCUUGACGGUUAUGACAACAGGCUCCGGCCGGGUCUUGGAGAGAACGUCACAGAGAUCAAGACGAAUAUUUUUGUCACAAGCUUCGGCCCGGUGUCUGACACGGAGAUGGAAUAUACCAUAGACGUGUUCUUCCGUCAGAGCUGGAAGGACGAGCGUCUGUGUUUCAAAGGGCCCAUGGAGAUGCUGCCGUUGAAUAACCUGCUGGCCAGCAACAUCUGGACCCCCGAUACUUUCUUCCUUAAUGGCAAGAAGUCCAUCGCUCACAACAUGACCACACCUAACAAGCUGCUUAGGCUGAAAGAUGAUGGCACUUUGCUUUACACUAUGAGAUUGACCAUAUCAGCAGAAUGCCCCAUGCAGCUGGAGGAUUUCCCCAUGGAUGCACACGCCUGCCCUCUCAAGUUUGGCAGCUAUGCCUAUCCGGUAUCAGAAGUUGUCUACACUUGGACACAGGGAGCUGCUAAGUCUGUGGUGGUGGCAGAGGACGGGUCCAGACUCAACCAGUACCAUCUUAUUGGGCAAACUGCUGGCACAGAGGAUAUACACACAAGCAGAGGACAGUACACAGUGAUGAUGGCCCACUUCUACCUGAAGAGGAAGAUUGGAUAUUUUGUCAUCCAGACAUAUAUGCCCUGUUUCAUGACUGUGAUCCUGUCCCAGGUGUCAUUUUGGCUAAACAGAGAAUCAGUUCCUGCAAGGACCGUCUUUGGGGUGACCACUGUGCUGACCAUGACCACCCUCAGCAUCAGCGCCAGGAACUCCCUCCCUAAAGUGGCCUAUGCGACAGCGAUGGACUGGUUCAUUGCUGUCUGCUAUGCGUUCGUCUUCUCUGCCCUCAUCGAGUUUGCCACAGUGAACUACUUCACCAAGAGGAGCUGGGCGUGGGAUGGGAAGAAAGCUCUGGAAGCACAGCACCCUAAGAAACGAGACCCCAUGGUGCUGUCGAAAAAGCCGAACAACGUUUGCUCGGCGGGCGUCAACUACACCCCCAACCUCACCAAGGACGUCUCCAUCUCCACCAUCUCCAACACGACGUCGGUGCAGCUCCGGGCCUCCGAGACCAAGAUGGUGGACCCCAAGAAGACCUACAACAGCGUUAGCAAGAUCGACAAGAUGUCCCGGAUAGUGUUUCCUGUCCUCUUUGGAACCUUCAACCUCGUCUACUGGGCCACGUACCUUAACAGAGAACCGGUGGUCAAAGGAGUUGUUACCUCAACGUAAUCUUUCUCUUUUUUUCCAAACUCUUUUUUUUUUGUAUGAUGGUGGAAGUGCGAGCCUAAUUCAAGAGUGAGUGGACUAAAAGGAAAGGGGCUGUUGUAAUGUCUCUGCCCUAGACAAAAAAAAAAAAAGAAAAACAAAUAUCUGCGCUUGAAGAACAAAAACUAACUUAACUGUAUAAUUCAAGCACUUUGAAUGAAUGCGUGGUUGCAACAGAAUCCCUUUCCUGUUUUUUCAUGGCCUAAAAAGCUGCUUGAUCAUGAGGAAACUGCUUCUAAGAUGACUGUGUUGACGAGAGAGAGGGUGCUUUUGCUUCUUUCUCAUCUAUCCUGCUGCAGCUUGCAUGACGCUCCCCUCAAAAGGAAACCGUGGACUCCUCUUUGUCUUGACUGUGUAUAUGUCAAUCACUGCUUACAGUAUGGGAGCACACUCCAUUGCUAUGACUUGACAAAGGGUUUUAAAUUAAACUAACGUAGGUAUUUUGAACGACUUUGCUUAAAUUGAAGCGCUUCAUAUUCUUAUCAUGGAGACAAUGGCUUGAAAUGCACUGAACUUAUGCUACUGAAAAAAGAAACUGCAAUAUACAUGCAUUUGAAUUUGAAAAAUUGAUUUAAAAAAUGUACCUAAUUCCACACAGUGUGGAAGAAACAUCUCUGAGAUUAAUGCUGCAAGUGCAUUAAUAAUUUAGUUUUAUGUCUCUUUUUUAAAAACCUUUGCCAUUUUUUCUCUUAUUGCAGUGAGUGCUUGUGUGUCUCUUUGUACAUCUUUACUUGAAGAUUCAAAGCCUACUGCUGUGGGCCUGGUUUCCCAAAAGUGUUAGCAGUCGCGGUCUCAAUGAAGAGCGCUGAAAAAAACAUGGAAUGCAACUUAAAGGUGAAAGAAAACUGUAUUUGGACGAUUGUCAUCGCAAGGGUUUCUGAAUUUUUAAAUAAUCUUCAAGGAAAAUGAAGAGACUCUUCUUCAUUCAUGAAAAAUUAAAACGGCUUCAUUUAGGGUAGCAUGCCAACAAGAAUAUUAGAAAAACUUCUUUGGCCCACUUACACUGGGUGACUGGACAGCUGUGGAUGGUGUGUUCAGGACAAAUUUAGGAUUGGGUUUAUGUACUUUAAAUGAAUUUUGAGCUUGGGUCACUCAGCUAGGAAACGAAUAUUCACAGUUGAGAGACCAGUGCUCAAAACGCAGAGUCACAUACAAAUCAGCAGACUGAUGCCAAGAGUUUCAAGAGUGUCAUUCAGUGGAAUGACCUGGGUUUCAGUCCCUAUUUAGGCAAGCAUCCAUCCUGCUGAUGUGUUCUCAGGCAAAACACUGACAGCUCCAGAGAUGCCGAUCCUGACCUUUGACUUCCCUACAUGGGAAA